UGGAAAAGACAGUUUUGUCAAAAUUCCGAGUGUCAAAUUUCAUUCAUUUUUCGAAUUUUGGCGGUCAACGUGACAGUCCCGUUUGCCGGAAAUAAAGAAAGGAGUGGCCAUGUUUCACCGCCUCAAAAUAUAGUUCGGGCACCGAACAGCUCAUUUCUAAAUAAUUAUUCAGAAAGACGCUGAAAUCUACUUCGUUCCCAACUAAUCUCUAGUUUUGGAACCCACAAGCAGCAACAAUACUUGGUCUGUUAUUCGUAUCUUUACAAAAAAAGAUAUUCUGAACCAACUGCGUACGAAUACAACAGUUGAGUUCCGAACGUCCGACUGUCCGAGAUUUGGAGGUCUUUCCGUUUAGCAAAACGCCAGUGAUUAGACAUGUCGGUGCAAAAUAAACCUAAUGAUGAAUGGGACACGAAUGGCCCAGAAAGCGAGGAGAAAGAGCCCCAAGAAUACAAUGGACCUGCAGGAAUGGACCCUGAAGGAACCAUUAUUUCAAACUGGGAACAAACUAUUGAUAACUUUGAUGACAUGAACCUAAAAGAAGAACUGCUCAGGGGUAUCUACGCUUAUGGUUUUGAAAAGCCCUCGGCUAUCCAGCAACGUGCAAUUAUGCCCUGUAUACAAGGCCUUGACGUUAUUGCCCAGGCUCAGUCCGGUACUGGGAAGACUGCUACAUUCAGCAUCUCCAUCCUUCAGCAGAUUGACACCUCAUUGCGAGAGUGUCAAGCCUUGAUCUUAGCUCCUACAAGAGAGUUAGCCCAGCAGAUUCAGAAGGUGGUGAUAGCGCUAGGUGACUUUAUGAAUGCUCAGUGCCAUGCCUGUAUUGGUGGGACAAAUGUCAGGGAAGAUAUGCGCAAGUUGGAAGCUGGCGUCCAUGUGGUGGUAGGCACGCCCGGCCGCGUCUACGACAUGAUCACAAGGAACGCGCUACGCACUAAUAAGAUAAAAAUGUUUGUGUUGGAUGAGGCUGAUGAAAUGUUGAGCAGAGGCUUCAAAGAUCAAAUUCACGAUGUCUUCAAAAUGUUGGACAAGGACGUGCAGGUCAUUCUGCUCUCCGCCACCAUGCCCACUGAUGUGCUGGAUGUCACCAAGAGUUUCAUGAGGGAUCCUAUUAGGAUAUUGGUUAAAAAAGAGGAACUAACGUUGGAAGGUAUAAAACAAUUCUACGUGUUCGUUGAGCGGGAAGAUUGGAAAUUAGAAACGUUGUGCGAUCUGUACGACACAUUGUCCAUCACGCAGGCCGUGAUCUUCUGCAACACGAGGCGCAAGGUGGACUGGCUGACUGAGAACAUGCACAAACGCGACUUCACCGUGUCGGCGAUGCACGGCGACAUGGAGCAACGCGAACGUGACGUCAUCAUGAGGCAGUUCAGGACGGGCAGCAGUCGGGUGUUGAUCACCACUGAUUUGCUGGCCAGAGGCAUUGAUGUGCAGCAGGUCUCGUUGGUUAUCAAUUACGAUUUGCCAUCGAACAGAGAAAAUUAUAUUCAUAGGAUCGGUCGAGGGGGUCGUUUCGGUAGGAAGGGAGUAGCGAUAAACUUUGUGAUAGAGGAAGAUAGGCGCACCCUCAAAGAUAUUGAACAGUUUUAUAAUACGAAGAUUGAGGAAAUGCCGAUGAACGUGGCCGAUCUCAUCUAGAUGAACCUCCGCGGUCGCGCUAAAGUACUGCUGCGUGUGUUCCGAAGUCGUCCCGAUAAGCCAUUUGGUGUGAGUAUUAGCUACGUUACGUGCUCUCCGCUCUCCGACCCCGCGAAUAUUGUGCGCCAAGUCGUCGAACGGUACUACUAGCUCCCCACGCGCAGUACCAUUCUCACAAAAUACAUACAUAAACAUUUUUAAGUGUCGUUAUACUAUUGUCCCCUAAAAGUUAAUUUUUACGUCUCUUCGACCCACCCUAUUAUUAUUUUUUUUUUUUUUACUGUGCGUAUUCACUCACGGUUUUGAAAAUAUAUAUAGUUGAUAAUUGGCGCGGCGUGCGAAAGCCGCAUGGGUGCCCCAAGGGGCCUGCGCCCCAGCUGCUCUGCGCAAUACGUCCGUCUUUACAAGGGUUUGGUUGGUAUCUGGAAAGGUUAUUAUAUACACAGAAGGUGUAGAAGGAAACUCUAAUAAUAAUUUUUCCGGAAGCGCGAAUGUUUUUCUGAUAAUUGUUUAACAUUUGACUUUUUGUAUAUUAAGGUUAAUAAAAGUGCUGAUGAAACCUCUUUGCGUUUUUCUUUAAUGGUAUUUGUAAAAUAGUCGUUUGUGUGGAUAUUUUUCUUGGAUAUUUCAAUUCACUGCGGCAACAUUCAAU